AUGAUGAUCAAAGUGAGAACCCUCACGGGGAAGUUGAUUUCCCUCGACGUUGAGCCCACGUCCAAGAUCGAGGACGUCAAGAAGAAGGUCGAAGAGAAGGAAGGCAUCACUCCCGACCAACAACGACUGAUCUAUGGUGGGAAGCAAUUGCAUGACCAAGUGACGAUGGCGGAUGCGGGAAUAGUACCGGAUGCGACCCUCCACUUGGUUCUCACCCUGCGCGGCGGCGGCGGGUGGUAG